AUUAACUUACUUUUUCUCCUUCUACCCACGCCUAGGUCACCCUCUCUCAUGGCAGACGAAACGUCUCCUCUACUCGCUGAAAACGAGUCCCCGCAGAAUAAUGGUUCAAUACACGCACCUUCAGAUGACAAUAUCAAUAAUGGCUCGGAAGCUGAAGCAGGAGAGACGGCCCGGAAACAAACCGUAAAUCCGAUAUGGGUCGUCGCGCCAAUGAGCAUUGGAGUCUUUCUAUCCGCUAUGGAUCAAACCGUUAUCGUUGCUUCCUACGCCGCUAUAGGAAAUGAACUGAAGCAACUCCAAAAAACAAGUUGGAUAGCGGCUAGUUAUAUGUUGACUGUCACCGCUUUUCAACCUCUGUACGGAAAACUAAGCGACAUAUUUGGAAGAAAAACAUGUUUGCUAUUCGCAUAUUGUGUGUUUGGAAUCGGAUCUCUUCUUUGCGGACUAUCACAAACCAUGGAUCAACUCAUAUUAUCUCGAGCGCUUGCUGGUAUUGGAGGGGGUGGUAUGCCUACCAUCACAACCAUAAUCAUGUCCGAUGUGGUUACUCUCCGGUCGAGAGGAACCUGGCAAGGCGUUUUGAACGUCAUCUUCUCCAUCGGUUCAAUGACCGGCGCGCCCUUGGGAGGGUAUUUAGCAGAUACAAUCGGUUGGAGAUGGGCAUUUAUCAUCCAGUUCCCAGCUAUCAUCCUAGCCUUCAUCGCUGCCCUCUUCGCUCUCCACCUACCCCCACAUCCAACGUCAGAUUUAAAAUCCAAACUCAAACGAAUAGAUUUCGGAGGCGCUCUCUCACUCAUCGUCUUCAUCUUCUUUUUCCUCUACGGUCUCGAACGUGGUGGGAAUAUAGGAUGGAACGACCGUUAUACGAUCGGAGCUUUAGCUGCUUCUGGGGUAUCGUUCCUAGGGUUUGGGAUUAUUGAAAUGUCAUUAGCCAGAGAGCCCUUCGCGCCAAAGAGGAUAAUCUUCAACCGAAGUUUAAUUGCCAGCUACCUCGCCAACUUCUUCGGUAUUGCGAGUCAGAUUGGCCUCAUCUUCCAAGUUUCGCUGUAUGUUCAAGCGGUAUUUGAGUUUUCUGCCGCAGGUGCUGGAUCUGUGCUCUUGCCUGGGAUUUUGGGAGCUGUUCCGGGGAGUGUGAUUGGGGGUUUGGUGAUUCAGAGUACGGGGAGGUAUUGGUUGGUGACUGUUGUGGCGUAUGGAAUGCAGACUUUGGGGAUUUGUGUGGUUACGUUGGGAUCUGGAGUUGUGGGUAGUUCCGUUAUUGGUAUUUGUGUUGGACUUGGGAUAGCUGGAUUUGGGAUUGGUGGAGGAACGACGACUAGUCUUGUUGCGCUGAUUUCAAAUGCAGGAGAGGAAGAUCAAGCGAUAGCUACUGCAGUCUCCUACCUCUUCCGAUCGUUGGGAUAUGUUGUCGGUCUGUCUGUCGGGAGCACCGUUCUUCAAGGUACACUCAGGAAAUUGCUUAGAAGAAGGCUUGUAGGAGGUGGCGUGGACGUGGAUGAGGUUGUCCGAAAAGUCCGCGAAUCUUUAGAAUACCUCGGGAAUUUAGAUUCAGAAACGCGGGAGGUGGUGAAACGGUCGUAUGAGGAUGCGAUACAGAAUACGAUGUGGGUGUCUUUGGGACUUGCGGGGUGUGCGUUUUUGUGUUCGGUGUUUAUUAAGGAGAAGAGGUUGAAGUAGAAGUAGAUGGUGGUGGGAGGGAAGGGAAAGGCGAAGACUCGCAUGGAUCUCCUCGGAGUGCCCAUCCCUUCAUUCACCGUUCCUCUUGGGCUCCGAGGAUGAGAUCAUCACCUAUGCCGCAUUGCAGAAAAAGGAUUUUUACACAAAUCGGUUCCUUUGUAUGGCCUUCGGGGUGAAAGUUGUAAGUACUGUAUGUAUUGCGCCAGCAUAGCCUUUUUACUUUCGGAGACCCCCUCUCCCUUUAUUCCCUUACUACUUGCCACGAAUUAUGUUCUAACUUGAAAUUGCGUGUGCCGGUGUGUCUGGAAGCAGACUCGGGGCUAGGGCGUAGAGGGAAUCGUGGGUUUUCCGUUAUUGAUUGCCUAGACGCUUCUAGCCAGGACACCAAAGUUACCAUGCUGCAGCACGACGCACCUUGGCACUUCCACUGUGGACCCAGGGUUCCUGGCAUAUGCAUUCACCCACAGUUCAAAUUCCUUACUCUCGGUCCUCGGAAGAGCUUGGGAAAACAUUAAUGAAGUAUAUGAUGGUGAUAGUGUCAGGGAGAACCGAAGAGUGAAUAUUGAG